UGUGCUACGCGAGACUCGUUCAAGGAAUGGCUGUCAUUUUUGUCCUCACGUUGUCCUUUCUCUGCUGUUUCUUUCAAGAGGCAUCAGCUUAUCCUAUAGAAGAAAACAAGGCCCUCCCCCUCAAUGUUCAUCUUGUAGCGCACUCGCACGAUGACGUUGGCUGGUUGAAAAACGUUGAUGAAUAUUAUUAUGGCGCUAAGAAUGACAUACAGCAUGCUGCUGUACAGUACAUCAUAAGCACUGUAGUUGAGGAGCUAUCAAAGAACAAGGAUAGGAAAUUUAUCUACGUCGAGAUUGCUUUUUUUGUUAGAUGGUGGAAUGAACAGACUGAUGAUGUUAAACAGCAAGUUCAUGAAUUAGUAAAGAGCGGUCAGUUAGAGUUCAUUAACGGCGGAUGGUCCAUGAACGAUGAAGCAACAGUCCAUUACAAUGGGAUGAUUGAUCAGAUGUCAUUUGGGCUAAGGUUUCUUUCUAAUACUUUUGGCAUACGUCCAGUAGUUGGUUGGCAAAUUGAUCCUUUUGGACACACUGCCUUCCAAGCCACCGCUUUCUCACUGAUUGGUUUUGAUAGCAUGUUUUUUGCUCGUAAUGAUUAUGCUGACAAGGCACGUCGUUUGAAUACGUCUGAGAUGGAAAUGAUAUGGAAGAGUAGCCAAUCUCUUGGUGAUAUUGCUGAUAUAUUCACUGGAGUUCUUUAUCAUCACUAUUCACCACCUCCUGGCUUCUGUUAUGACUCGUUCUGCUCUGAUCCUCCCAUUCAGGAUGAUGAGAAUUUGUUUGAUGACAAUGUCAAAGAGAGAGUCAACGAUUUUAUUGCACUAGCCCUUGAACAGGCUAAGCAUUUCAAGACUAAUAACAUUAUGAUGACUAUGGGAUCUGAUUUUCAGUAUGAAAAUGCCCAGGAGUGGUUCAAAAAUUUGGACAAACUCAUAAAAUAUGUAAACAUGAAUGGAUCAGUGAAUGUAAUGUAUUCUACUCCUUCAAUUUAUGUGAGUUAUAUCAAUAAGGAGACACAACUGACCUGGACUACCAAGACUGAUGAUUUUGUUCCUUAUGCAGAUGCACCCCACAAUUAUUGGAGUGGUUUUUUCACUAGCAGACCUGCUUUGAAAGGUUACGUGAGGCAGUGUAAUGCUCACUUGCAAGCAUGUAAGCAAUUGGAAGCAAUUCAUAAUGGAAUGGGAGACAAUGGACCAUCUUCAGUAAAACUACAAAAAGCAAUGGGUCUGGCACUACAUCACGAUGCUAUCACUGGUACAGAGAAGCAGGUAGUAGCUGAUGAUUAUGCCAAGAGGCUUCACAUUGGAGAAGUUGAGUGUCGUUCUGUAAUGGCGACUGUCCUCAAUGAUCUUGCAGCUAAAGGAGCUAAUGCACCUAAAAUGAACUUGAGUUUCUGUGAAUAUCUUAACAUCAGUGUGUGUCCAGUAACUGAGGGAGGAGAUUUCAAUAUGGUGGUAUAUAACUCAUUGGCUCGCCCAUAUACUGGUGUGGUACGUCUGCCCAUUAUUAAAGAUACUCUCUCAGUAACUGAUCCUGAUGGUAAUGCAGUAACUGUCCAGAUUGUUCCCAUUGAUAACAGCACAAGACUCCUUGCUAUUAGUUCUAAUGAUACUGCUGAGCUUGUUGCAGUUUUUGAAGUUGAUGUACCUCCCAUGGGUUAUGCCAUAUACACUGCUAAGACUACUGGUACUUUAGAUUAUACUCAAAGAUCAAGUGUGAAUGUACAAAAGUCUAAUGAUGAUACAGUGAUUAGUAACAAGUAUUAUAAAGUUGAGUUUGAUGCAGAAUCUGGUCAUUUGAAGAUGAUAACCAACCUUGUAUCAAGCAUAUCAAGUACUGUUGAUCAGAAUUACUACUGUACAGUGGACUAUCUGCUGCACUCCCUAGAUAAUGUUCACUUGCUGACACUUGAGUAUUUGGAUAAAUCAACAAUUCUCCUUCGUUUGGAUCAUCAGUUUGAAUCUGAUGAUCCUAAAGAGUGGUCUGCUCCUGCAUCUGUUAAACUAAGUGAUUUAUUUGUUGCAUUUAAAAUCAAAGAAGUAACAGAGCUAGGUUUAGGAGGUAAUGUAGCUUUAUCUGAUAUAAAGAGACUACAAUGGAAGACAGUUGAAGGUCAAACAGUUCCUAGUCCUAUGAAUUUGCCUCCUGUCACUGCUCCUGAUUUUACUGUAUCAUUAUCUCCAAUGAUGAUCCGUACUUUUAAUGUGACAGUUGACUUCAGUGGGGAUGCAAACCUUCAGUACAAUAGUUAUGAUAAAAUGCUGUAAAUUGCCACAGCUUCCGUUGUCCUAGUAACAGUAUUCAUGCUGCUGCUAUUCUGUAUUAGUACACGUACGUGCUUCACUGUUUCAUUUUAUCAUACAUGAAAAUGUUAAUAGGACUCCUGGUUUAUGUUUAUUAUUAUAGUGAACAGUUUUUAUAGGAAUUUCUAUUUAUAUUUUUUUAUAUUAAAAAGCUGAAAAAUGUGUGCAUCAAUUUUAAAAAGUAUUGUUUUACAUUGAA